CCUCCCGCCGCAGCCCUGCGCGAUGCAAGCGGGCGACUUCGACUCCUCUGACGAGGACGCCGCUGAGGAGGAUCUGCGGCCGCUCCCGAUCUCCUGGUUGUCUUUGUCUCCUGUCUACUCUUCUGAGUUCCUGGGACUAUGUUCCCUUCCAGGUUGCAGGUUUAAGGAUGUUAGAAGAAACCUUCCGAAAGAUAUAGAAGAACUAAAGAACUAUGGGACCCAGGAUAUAUUUGUGCUUUGUACCAGAGGAGAGCUCUCAAAAUAUCGAGUACCAAACCUUAUAGACACCUACCAACAGCAUGGGAUCUGUGUGCACCACUAUCCUAUUCCGGAUGGGGACGCUCCUGACAUUGCCAAGUGCUGCAAAAUUCUAGAAGAGCUCAGAAGCUGCCUGGAAAGUAACCGGAAAACAAUCAUACACUGUUACGGUGGCCUCGGACGCUCAUGUCUCAUAGCUGCGUGUCUCCUGCUUCAGCUUUCGGAUGCGCUGGCACCUCAGCAAGCGAUAGACAGCCUCAGAAACUUGAGAGGAUCUGGGGCGAUACAGACCAUCAAGCAAUACAAUUACCUCCAUGACUUUCGAGAGAACCUAGCUGCACAUCUGGCAACAAAGGAUGCGAUACUAAGAUCGGUAUCGCGAUAACUAAUACUGGCGUAGUGUAUCUUUGUGUCUACAUGGCUGUGGCACACACCUGGACAAGACAUCUCACUCCUGACUCUUACGGUUUCUCAUCGCUACUGCCCGUGUGACGCAGCCGCUCGCUUCCAAAUCUGUGUGUAAAAUGUUGGGGUGGGGGAAGGAAAUCCUACAGGACAGGCAGCAUCGUCCUCCCUUUGGCAGUCUUUAAUACUCGCUGCCUUAAAUACAUGGAAGUGUAUUUGUGUUCAUUACUGUUCUGCUGGUGGCCUGCACACCUAAUGAGCUUGUUUCCAAUAUAAUAAUGACUCUAACACAACGUCUACCUCAUGUUUAACAUCACUCGGUACUGAUGGCAUAUGUGUCUGCUGCCAUUGAACGGGUGCGCUGAUGUUUUCGUGUUGACAUCCUACGGGCUGCUUCAGUGAACUUACCAAGCGGAAGGGAGGCCGGGCUGUCAAAGCAGCGACUGCAUUUCAUUUUGACUUCGCCUCUGUUCUACGUAGCGUGAGAAUUGGGACAAGCAAUUGGACGUGAAGGCAGGAUCUGUGAGGAAACAGAAUAGUCUGUAACUCCUCACAGCUAAGUGCAGACUUCCAGUGCCGAUAGGCUGGCUUCCGCUCCAGCGUGUAGGGGAAAGAAAAGGGGGAGAGGUGAAGGAUAACUCCUUCCCUACUGCCUUUGUAAGAGAGUCACGCUGGGAUCAUGUAGCCGGGUAAAAAUCACAUCACUUGAGCUCUUUCAAAAAAAAUCCUCAGCUCUAGCUUUAAACCAAAGGAAUGUCAAGCAUGAAAAUUUUCCUGCUGGAGUGCUCGCCCCUUAUGAACUGGUAAGAACUCAUUCUAAAAUGUCACGGUUCCGCUUAGUGUGUUCAGUGAUAUUUAGGAACGAGACCCCUCAUUCCACCAGGAGGAGGUUUUAUACUGAAGAUCUGUGACAAACCAAGGGGGUGGGUUUUUAUAUGAAUACGGUAGGAAGAGAUGCUGUGCUGUAGCUGCGUGGGUGAGAUUCUGGCACAGCACUUCUGCAUGCUGACACUAGAGAAAGUAAAUAAACAAUAUCAGCUGUGGGCUGGAGAGAAUCUCACAGCAACAUGCCUGUAACAGUCCACACCCCUCCUGUGUAACUAUAUCCGCUCACGAAGAGCAGAGAAGAUGAAGAGACUCCUGAAAAAAACAUUUAAACUAGUUCCGUCCUAUUCUGAGGAAGCGACGAUCAUCCACCUCAGCGCCCAGGUGUCCUCCGGCGCCCUGUGAGGUAAGUUUUGGCUCUGGGCGGAAAGCCGGUGUCACCCACGCCGUGCCUUUCGCUGUUAGAUAAUCCAGCGGAGUCGAGGAACUGUUGCCUCCGGGCUGAAGUCGCUGUGCGGUUGCUCUCAGCUGAGUGGCAGCAUCCUGACUGCCCUCCUGCCCUGUCACCAUCUCCUGUUGCCUUGCAGUUAAUUCUGUAAGUGCUUUUUUUUUUUUCCCCACAAGCGCUGCAAGAAACCAGCUGGUUACCUGUCUGGUACCAGCACCACCAAGGCAGUGCCUCUGUCCUGCUCCGAGGGUCACCUUCCUGGGCUCCCCAAAGCUGCAGCCUACACUUCCCUAUUGCCUGCAGCGACACGGAUGUUGAUGGUGGAUUUUAAUAAAGUUUCACUAACUUUUCAAGUCAGAAGUUGUGACGUGAGACCCUACCACGGCACCGGUGGUUUUUGGUUGAAGUAGAACUUGCUGCUUUGCUAACUUUAAAAUUUAUAGCCUUCUCUCAACAUGUUUGAACUCAGACACUUGAACACAUGUUUAAAGGUGAUUUCUACUGGUUGUAUUUAAUUAGCUCUUACUACCCUUCCCUUCUCCCCUCCUAAGGAAGGCAACAGGAACUCUUCCAGAAGUUUCCACAGGAUGAAGUCGCUUACAGAGAAUACUUUGCUCAAAAUGUGUAUUGUUCCGUCCCCGACACUGCUCCCCAACACUCAAACAGAAAUCAGAAAAACAAAAGAAGUGUCUGUCUGUCCCUUGCAAAUUGAGGUCUUCAGAUAUUAAAUAUAUGUCAGAUGGCUUUUUAAGAUGACUUAGCAGGAAACUUGCUGACAGGGAAAGAGAAAUGUUCUUUAUUUUCUCCAUAAUCUUUGGCCCCCUGGCAA